AGACCAGCUCUCCCUUGCAAGGGUGAGUUACAGGACAGAGGCGGACCUUUCCUUCUUCUAAAGACACGUGCGAGACGACCAGGAGGAGGUGGUGGCGUCGGCGGCAAGGCAAUAGAAGCUUUCUGACUGAUGACAACUGCCCCUGUGAAUGAAAGCAGGUUUAAAUGAUUGAAGGAGAAAGUACUCAUGUAAACACAUUUGGAAAAGCCAAAUCCACUUGAUAUAUGGCGGAAUCCUGUGACAGAGCAGUUUCCUUGACAACAGUCUCUCUGCCUCCUGGAAAUUGUUGACAAACUUUGGCCUAAGCUUGUGGUCAAAAUUUGAGGAGGAAGAAGAUUCUUCCCACCAUGUUUGCCUGUGAGACGUGGGGUAUCACUGGCCAAACCUCAGUCUACAAUUGGGAUAAAUCUGUCUAUCUCUUAGAAAAUAAAAUGGAGUCCAUACAGGGUUCACAGAAAGUGGAUCUCCAUUUUAAGGUGCUGCUUGAGCAGGAGAUGUAUCCAAAGAUCACAAUUGAGGAGGAGGAAGAGCCUGACGAAGUAGAAGUAGAUGCUGAAGGGGAGGCAGAUGAAGAGGAAGAAGAGGAAGAGAGGGGAGAGGAGGAGGAGGAAGAAGAGGAGGAGGAGGAUGAAGAGGAGGAGGAGGAGGAGGAGGAGGAGGAGGAGGGAGAAGGGGAUGAGGAGGAGGAGGCGGCACAUCCACAAGGUCCUCAGCAAGAGGCAGUGGGAGCAGUUAAUGGAGAUGACUCCCUGUUUGUGGUGUGUACUGGAACAGUUGAAGAGCUGCUAGGCUUAGAGGCAUCACUAACUGCUGAAUCAGUGCAGCUAGAGGCAGCACAACCUCAGCGCUGGGAGGUCCAGUGGGAGGAGGUGUCCCAAACUUCACAGCCUUUUCUUCCUGAAAUUAUAGAAUCGCCAUUAAUAUCACCAGAAGCAGCCACCUCCAAUAUCACUCAGGUAGUGGAAGUCGCUGCAGCAGAGGUAGAACUAGACACCUUCCCAACUGUGGAGCAACUAGGGAAUACUUCAUCUUCAUGGGGAGCAUCUUUCAUUGAAGAGAGCCACCAGGACCUUCAACGCUCCCCAGCUAGUGCAGAUAGAGGGAGUACUGGCAAAGCACGGACACCUAUAUCUGGAGGAGGCAGUUUCAGCCUGGAGACUGCCCGCCGGCGCUUCCGGCAGUUCUGUUACCAGGACACUGAGGGUCCACGAAAGGCAUGCGGUCAGCUAUGGGAGCUCUGCAAUCACUGGCUGAAGCCAAAGAACCGUACUAAGGAACAGAUUCUUGAUGUUCUGAUCUUAGAACAGUUCCUAGCCGUUCUCCCUCCUGGAAUCCGGAGUCGGGUAUGGGAGUGUAGCCCGGAGACUUGUGCACGGGCCGUGGCCCUAGCGGAGGAGUUCCUAGCCAAGCAGAAUGAAGCAGAAAGACCAGAAGAGGAGGAUUUUUACUUAUUUGAGGAAGUAGUGGUGGCAUUUCCUAAUGGAGACCAAGUCCUUUCAAAUACUGAGCAUGGAGAUAUAUGCAUGGAAACUGGACAACGGGAUGAUGUAGAUAUAUGUUUGCUUGGUUCUUCUGACUCAGAAGCCACCUGGGAUUCUUCUGCGGAUGAUGGAGGAGAAAGAGGAGGAGGUUCAGCAGGUGCCCAGACUCCCAACAGAGCAGAUCCUCAGAUGGGAUUUGGAGAAAAAUCCAACGGAGCAGUGCCGCAUAUGGCUCCGAAGAGGAUACGGAUAAGAGAGAAACGCCACCCUUGCAUUGAAUGCGGAAAGCGAUUCCGCUGCCAGUCAGAACUGGCCCUUCAUCAAAAAGUCCACACCCGGCCCAAAUCCUAUAACUGCACUGAGUGUGGGAAACAAUUUGGUCGAUCCUCACACCUCACCAGGCAUCAGAAAACCCACAUGGGUGAGGAAUGCCAUGUCUGCACCGAAUGUGGCAAGCGAUUCCGCUGGUCAACAGAGCUAGCCAUCCACAAGAGGAUCCAUGACAUGGAACAGCCACACUACACCAUGGAUUCUGACACUUUGCUUCAUUGGCCCUCCGAGUUCAAUACAACCGAGAAUAUUUUGACAGGUGAGAAAGCACCUCCCAAUGGUGAUAUGGUAAAAACUCAUACAGUCAAGAAACCUCAUCUUUGUCCCGAAUGUGGAAAGGGGUUCCGGUGGCCCUCUGAACUUGCUACUCAUCAGAAAACUCACAACAAGAACAAACACUACCUCUGCCCUGAGUGUGGGAAAGGAUUCCAGUGGCCCUCGGAGCUGAUGGCCCAUCAGAGGAGCCACGGAGGCAACAGUUUGCCUCCCAUUGCUGAUUGUGAGAACAGCAAUAGCCAACCACCUCAUCCCCCUCACCCGGGAGCUGGCAUGACGGAGAAACGCCAUCUUUGUGGAGAAUGUGGCAAGGCGUUCCGAUGGCCAUCAGAACUCGCCACACACCAGCGUAUUCACACGGGAGAAAAACGCUACUUCUGUACUGAGUGUGGGAAGGGGUUCAUAUGGCCUUCAGAGCUGGCCGCUCACCAGCGAACCCACACUGAGAAGCAAGCUUACCGGUGCUUGGAGUGUGGGGAAAUAUUCCAUGAUCUCUACGGUCUCACGAGACACCAGAAGACCCACCUGGCAACCAAGGUCUAUCCUUGCACAGAGUGUGGGAAAACCUUCAGUCGGCAAUCUCAUCUGACUCGGCAUCAGAUCACUCACACUGGCGAGAGACCCUAUCCUUGUAUAGAAUGCGGAAAGCGGUUUGGACGACAGUCGCAUCUCACUCGGCAUCUAAGAAUUCACACCGGUGAGAGACCCUAUCAGUGUGGUGAGUGCGGAGUGAGGUUUAGGCGGAGACACAGUAUGAUGUACCAUCAGCGGAUCCACUUGAGAGAGGCUAGUGGAGGUCUGGACAUGAUAAACCCUCCUAAUGCAGAAAGCCUUACCGAUCCUCUCCAGAAUCCUAUCCACGUCACAAUUUGACACGGGUUGGUAGGGAAGUAAUUUCACAAGGAAUGUGGGAUGAGUGAGUGGGACAAUUUGAUCACCACAUCUGGAAGAGAUUCCAGUGGUUGUAUUAUUUCACCAGGGUUUGUAUCACAGGCAGGGUCCAAGAGGCACACGUUUCAGGGUUCCAUACAGCCUGACAGACAAUACUAGCACAGGGCCUAUGAAUUGGGUAAACACUGCAAAGGAUUCUGGGACAAAAUGUCCACAUUCUUCUCUGGCUAUAUGUUGCUUUGUAGUUGGGCUGAAAAACAGAGCUUCCCCCAGAAACAGAUCUGGUAAUUUGGUGGCCAGGUUAGCCCCGUGGUCCUAAUUUUAGAUUUGGCCCCUGCAGAGCUUUUGUGGCAGGAAAGAAACAUUUGAUAACCAGGAUGUGUAACCCCUUUGCUACUCUUAGCAGGCAGAGCAGUGUUUGUUCCCUGGAACACAUGGUUGUGGUGGGGUGUUAGAUAGAAUCUGUUUUCUCACUUUCUUCACUUUUUCUUUCUGUGGCACAAAUGUCAAAUCAGGAUUGUUGUGAUUAGAGGACUCUGUGGGGGCAAGUUGUUCCUUGCAGGGCAGGGCAUUCUUUGCUUUUGCAUUAUUCAUAUGUAGAAAUAAAUCAGUAAUACUUUUCCCACUCACAUGCUGUGGCAGUGGGGAAAGCUGAUCUUUCCCACUUUAAAAAAUAAUAAUAAUAAUAUAAUAAUAAAAACCUCUUAUGCGCAAGAGUCUGAUUUGGAACAAAAUCCAACAAUCUAUUACUUCAGUGGCAAUUCUUCAUUUCUAUCAAUCCUAUCAAGGCAAAGAAAUCAGCUGAUCAAUCUAGAUUUUGCAAAACAAUAUGGCAGUAUCCAAAGAUACUUUCUCUGAGAUAACUUUUACUCUCCACGGCACUUCUGUUUUUCCGUUCCUCUUUUCUUGGGAUAUCUUGGGUGAAAUUUCCUUCCUUCCCUGGGGGCCAAAUUACUUAUUUUUUAAAACUAAAUAAGGCAGCAUUUGGGCCUUCAGAGCAGUGAUUCUCAACCAUGGCAAAUUUCAGGUAUGUGGAUUUCAACUCCCAGAAUGUUGGCAUGUUGGGUGGGAAAUUCUGGGAGUUGAAGUCCACACAUCUGAAAUUUACCAAGGUUGAGAAACUCUGCUUUGGAGAAAAAAGAAUAGACAUCUACUUUCACUAGAUUGCUAUAGCGUUCCCCCACCUGGGACUUUGCAGGUGUCUAGAAUUGCAUUUUGUUUUAUGCUUAGCCACCACAGUCAUGCUUUUGGGGUGAUGUGAGUUGUAAUCCAGCACAUAGAAAGAUAGCAGAUGUAGACAAGCUGGACCAUUAUUUAUUUAUUUUAUUUUUUGAAAGUAUCGGUUGUUUUUUUAAUCCAGUAAGGCCUUGAAUUAAAACAACUAUAUUGCAGUACAGUAAAAUCACUACAGAAUAACAGCUGGACCAAGCUGUUGUUUCACAAUCAAAUUAUCAGAGUUGAUGAAAGGCUCUAAAACCUACAAUAUUUCUAAAAUGUCAUGAGGAAUGACAAUAUCCACACAGCCUCCACUGGACGGAGAUCCAGAGUGAUGGUUCUUAUGAGAAAAUAAUUUCGUUUUGUACCUCCAACGUAGCCUCUUGAUGGAGGAAUGUAAUCCAGCACAUAGAAAGAUAGCAGCUGCAGGAAGACUGCACUAUUAUUUAUUUAUCAUUAUUUUUUGAAAGUAUUUAUCAGCAGAGAGGGGUUUUCUUUGUUUGUUUUUUGUUGAAAUCCAGUAAGGGUUUGAAUUAAGACAAACCACAUUGCAGUACAGUAAAAUCACUACAAAAUAACAACUGGACCAAGUGCUUUUUCACAAUCAAAUAAUAUUAAAAUUAUCCGAGAUGAUGAAGAGCUCUACAAGCUACAAUAUUUCUAAAACGUCGUGAGGAAUGACAACAUCCUUGCACCUGCCUGUGGAAGGAGAUCCACAGAGAUAUUAUACCUCCAAUGUAGCUUCUUGAUGGAGGGAAUUAUUAGAGAUAUGAAGGGUGUGGGUUGGAAAACAGAUGUUGCCUUAACCUUCUAGCUCUGCAUUUCUGAAAUGGUUCAGCCCUAUGUUUAUUUAGAAUUAAUUAUAUUCCUUUCUUUCAGGCGGAUUUACUCCCUGAAACUAUUUGGACAUAAAACUAAAAAAGCAAAAUCUAGAUAGGAAAAAAGAAGAAUACAUUUUUGUGACUCUGUUUUGUGAAAUGUAAACAAAAAGAGUUUUGAAACCGAAAAGAAAAAAGGUAGUCUCAGGAGAAUUGGAGACGAAAGACCAAACUUUGUGGCACUUUUUGUUCUAAGAUUUUUCUUCUUUGCAUUGGCUUUGUAAUGAUAAGGGAGAUCUCCCUACCAACCUUUUUUUUUUAAUCUGCCUUUGAAAGUAUGGAAUCCCUGAAGAAUGAACAUCCUUUUAGGAAUAACUUCAGAAUAAAGAACUUUCUACAAUUAGUGCCUUGUGUGUGCAAUUUCUGAAGAGUAGACUAACUUCAGGUUCUGGCCCUUACCGAAUGGAACAAGAUGAUGCUUUGGGAUGGUUCAUAAAAGUCAGCAAUACCUUUAUUCCAAGCUGUGCUUUUUCACACCAAUUCUGCAUUUUCUGUUGACACUCAUUCGGUUUGUUGAAAGAGAAUUUGCUUUCUUGCAGAGAAAUUCUUGGAUUUAAGUGAAAUUGAAAGGUGUUCCUGCAGUCAUUGACUGUAUUAAACGUAUUAAACAUUUAAUCUGGUUACUUAAUUAACCCAUUUGCGGAGUUUGUACAAUACAUUGAAUCCUAAUCCUACCAAACAGCUCUGGUUCACAUACCAAAUGAUCUGUAAUUUAUAAUUCCAAAUCCUUUAAAAAAAAUAAUCCUGUUUGUUUCUAAGGAUGCUUAGAGGGUUAUUUAUGCAAGAGAUUCCUUUGACUAGUACCUUGCAGAAGUCCUGCACAGAAACACCCAUAAUUUGUAGAAAAAGAUGACCCUGAGUGGAAAUUCUGAGUUUGUAACUUAAUAUUUCUGGUGAACACCAAAUAAAAAAUCUUAAAUAUGUUCACCUCAUGCGAUUCAAAAACUAUGCCAUUAGAGGGAGCUCAAGCUUUUCAAAAGAAACUGCUUUAUCCUCACGAUUUUAGGAAAUACAGUAGUUUAAUAUAUUACUUUUUAAAUUUCCUGCUCUUUCUUUCAACAGAGCAACUUUG